AUGGCAUCAUUAUUAUCUGAAUUCCACUUCCAUCUAUCUCAAGUUCCAGCCAAAUUCGACUUUGAACAUGAGUAAUUCGACAUUAAGAAUAUCUAUGAUUUCUAUCACCUAAAGCACCUAAAGACUCCAGUGACUCAAGUAUUUGACAAAUGGUUCAGCAGUGCUCUUCAGGAACAUAGCUUAAGCAAAUAAGACUACGAGGUAUUAUAUGUCAAAUCAAAGACUGUUUCAAGCCUUGCUCAACAAGUCUUUGAGAAGAACCAAUGA